AUGAAUGGAAUCCUUUCGGCAGCUUCAGCUGUUGACGCUGUCGACUACGAUGCUAUAGACCACCUCAACCUCCUGUUCGCGCACCCAUCGUCCAUUUCCUCUAUAAGCGAGGUUUCAAAAUCUCUCCAGAACCACCAAAAUGUGCUCGCGAACGAUAUAGCCACUCUCGAGAGCACCCAGGCAUAUGGCUCUGACUCCAGCCUUGAGCGCAUGCAGUCGGCGCAAGCUGAGCUCGCCCAGCUGUUCCGAAAGAUCGAGACGGUGCGCUCGCGCGCAAUCGAAACCGAACAGAAUAUCACAUCUAUGACGGCCGACAUAAAGAGACUCGAUGGGACCAAGCGCAACCUCACGCUGAGCAUGACGGCUCUUAAGCGCCUGCAGAUGCUGACGACGGCGUAUGAGCAGCUCAGGGGCUUGGCCAAGACGCGCCAGUACAGGGAGUGCGCGGGUCUUUUGCAGGCUGUUCUUCAGCUCAUGAAGCACUUCAACAGUUAUCGCAGCAUUGAACAGAUCGCAACGCUGAGCAGGGGGGUGGCUGAGCUGCAGCGCGAACUCUUGGAACAGGUUUGCGAGGACUUUGAGAUGGCCUUCACGAAAGGGGAAGUUGGUGCGCGCAGGGGGACGCUCGUCGAAGCGUGCUUGGUCAUGGAUGCCCUUGGUGACUCUGCCAAAGCUCGUCUGAUGAAUUGGUAUGUCAACACAGAGCUGCGAGAGUACAGACAGGUGUUCCGCGGGAAUGAUGAAGCGGGCAGUUUGGACAACAUUGGACGACGAUACGCAUGGUUCAAACGCAUGAUGAAGACGCACGACGACGAACACGCCAUGAUAUUCCCUCCGCACUGGAGGGCUAAUGAGACGCUUGCAGCGGCUUUCUGCGACGGUACUCGUGAUGACUUCAAGGGUAUUCUGGAACGAAGCAUGCGGCGAACGGAUGGCAACAAGAUCGACGUCAAUCUCUUAUUGAGCUGUCUUCAGGAAACACUGGACUUUGAGCAAAGCCUCGAGAAGCGAUUUGCGACUACGUCAAGAGCUAGUAUUGACACGCUCAGCUCAGUUGAGGACAGGACACACAGCUUCCAUGGGUUGAUUUCGGUUGCGUUCGAGCCAUACUUGAGUCUAUGGGUUGAAUCACAAGACAAGCAACUGGCAGCCAUGACACCCAGAUACCGCAGCCAACCGCUUAUACCACCCGAUGAUGAGUUCUCGCCGCAGGCUGUUAUUGCUUCGGCGAUCGAAUUGUUUCACUUCUACAAGCUCACCCUUUCACAAUGCGCGAAACUAUCUACCAGCGAGCGCCUUCUUGAUCUAUCCAAGAUAUUGGCCAAAUAUCUCGAUGAGUAUGCCCAGCAAGUUCUGCUGCAUAUAUUGCAAUCUGGUGGCCCUCAAGGUCCCCCACUCGAGAAUGUCGUGCUUGUGCUCAACACAGCAGACUUUUGGCACAUCAACACAAACCAGCUGGAGGAGAGCAUCAAGAAGCGCAUCGAUAACGAACUUGUUCCCAAAGUGGACUUUUCCUCGCAGUCAGAUGCCUUUCUUGGCGUGGCGAGUGCGUCUGUCCUUGCUCUCGUACGCGCCGUCGAGCUUGACUGUGAAGGUGUUUGGCGUGAGAUGAAGAACACCAACUGGAGCACAAUGGAAAGCGUCGGCGACCAGAGCUCAUAUGUCGGAGAGUUGGUGAAGCAUGCCGACAGCAAAGCAGCUGAGAUUCUGGCAGUCGUUUCGAAGCAGCAAUAUGCCAGAGCCUUUUGUGACAACUUGGUGGAGCAUCUGGCGACAGGGUACAUUACUAGCAUUAUUCAAUGCCGACCGAUAUCCGAAGUUGGCGCGGAACAGAUGUUGCUCGACAAAUAUGUCCUUACCAAAGCAUUUGAGAAGUUGAUCAUGCAUCAUGCAUCACUCUCUGGGCAUGAUGCACCCCCGUCGAGCUUUGUACGAAGAGUUCAACAUUGCAUGAAUCGCCUUGAUCCAUUACUCAAGACACUUCAAGUGCGGCCAUCACCGCCAGAAGGCCUGGUACAGGCAUAUUUGAUCCAUAUUGCAGAUCGGUCUGAUACCAACUUCAAGAAGAUACUGGAUCUCAAGGGCGUUCGAAAAGCGGAUCAAUCUCAUCUGAUAGAGCUUUUCGGCAUCCACCGAGAUAGCACAGCCAACGACAAGUUGGUAGCCAGCUCACCGCUGCUUACACCUCUCAUGACAGCCGCAAGUCUGGGCAGCACCGCGCCGCUGGGAUCGAUGAACCCGUCAGUAGCAUCGGCAGUUAGCCCGCGGUUCGAGGCUGGAUCACUGGGUGAGAAGCUCCUCAGCGCGGCGAGGGAUAUCAGCCAGAGCAGCACGAGCACCGCAGCCCAGACUGGCCUGGAGAAGGCGACGAUUAACGAGAAUUUGCGUAACUUUGGCAAGUUCUUCAAGAGAGAUAUUGGAUCGCUUGGGGCGAGAUUUGGAAAACGGGAUGGUAGUGUUGGUGCUGAGGAGGGACAGCGAUAG